AUGGAUCGUGGAUUUUUUCUUGCCGUCGUGGUUUUAGCAGUUUUAGUCAACUUCAUUCAAGGUUCAGCUGAAGAUAAGCCUAAUGUGAUGAGACGAACCUCACUUCUAGAAAAACUUGGCAUGGAAUUACACAGGUAAGAAAAAUGCUGAAGUAGAUUUGUGGCAUCAAUUUGUUUCAGGGAAUUAGUGCGGUUAAAUAGUUGUUAAACAGGCUCCAACAAUUCAACAGUUUUACAUUUUUCCUUCUCACGAUUGGAUUCCUACCAAAAUUGUCCUUAGAAGCCCUCAAGGUGAGUUAGAAUUCAAUUGAAAAGUUCAUUUUUAACGCGAAUAUUUGUGAAACUUGAAAAGUACCCGAUAAACCACCAACUCAAAAAGCUCUACACCUUGGAUCAAUGCUUGAUAACAUCUGCGCAAGGUAAUUUAAGGGAUCGCCACAAAAUGAGUCUCAUGAUUUAUAUAAAUAUAUUGCUUUUUACUCUAAAAGGGAUGUUAAAAAAUCACUGAUAUUAUGGCUUGGGAUUUCCUCUAUCAAUUAAUCUUGACAGUUUGCCCAAACAUAUGCUAGGUAUUCUCCAGGGCUAGAACGAAGUGUGUACUAUUAAGAAAAGGUUAUCGAUUUAAAAAUUCGGACGUAGGGAAACAGAGAAGGAAAUAAAAGGAAAAUAAACCUAAAAAUGGAGAAGAAUAGCUAAGGAUUUAGGAGAAUCACUGUGGAUUUAAAGACAAGAAACUGCCUAAAAUCCUGAGGGUUCCCCCUAGAAAGGGAAGGAAUGUUCGAUGUCUUGCUUAAAGUCCCACUUCACCCGCCGGGAAUUCAGGACAAUGCACUAUUGUUCCCAGCUGCUAACGUAUUCUUUACAGGCAAGGGAAUAAAAAUAUUAAUUAGAACAAGAAGUGGAAUCUCACAGGGGUUCAACGCUACACCACACCCUAGACGGUUUCAAUCGACGACUUAAUUAACGAGAAAUUUCCGGCGGACGUUCUUGUUAUUUCGAAUGAGAGUUCCCCAGGGGCAGUGCCAGGGGUAACCCCAGGGGUUACCACAGGGUUGUCAAAACAUGAGUUAUAAAUAAUUUGUUCUUAACACCAGGGAUCCACACCACCAUGUUUAUAAACCGUACAAACCAUACAAAAAGCGCUGUUACUGUGGACCUAAGCGACGCUAUUACCGGAAGCGUAAGGGUGGUUCUGACUCCGACUCUGACUCCGGCUCCGACUCCGACUCUGACUCGGACAAUGGUGGAUCUCCCGGAUAUUAUCGGAAGUACGGAAAAUACAAGAAAUACGGGGGAUACAGGUAUCGGGGGAACCGUUCUUCAGAUGAGGAGUAG